UCUCUCUCUCACCCAUCAUCAACAAUGGCAAUCUCCAUUACCGAAGUCUACUUGGUCUCGCGAGACCACCUCAGGUUCACCGUGGAUUUCCACGGCACCCCCAUCUCCACCACCCUCACCUCCACCCCCAAAAUCGUCCGCAAAUGGCUCCAAACAACUCUGCACCGCAACGCCCGCCACCGUCACCGCCUCGUCGUCGGCCUAGGCGUCCAAUGGCGCCCAGCCUCCUCCCCCGGCGACGAACCGCCGGCCGCCACUCUCCAACUGUGCGUCGGCCGCCGUUGCCUAAUCUUCCAACUCCUCCACUCCCCCACCGUCCCAAACCUCCUCCGCCGCUUCUUGGAAAACCCCAACCACACGUUCGUCGGCAUGUGGAACCACUCCGACGAGAGGAAGCUGUUGUGCUGCUCGGAGCACGAGCUGGAGAUGUGGCGUCGUCCACUGGAUCUGAGGCUUUACGCUGCGUCGAGGUAUGACGGGCGGAGACUCCAUACGGAGUCUAGGGAGACUAUAGUGAGGGAGUGUCUUGGCCUCGAUGUGGAUUUCAACGAGUGGAUUGGGAGGAGUGAGUGGGCGGAGUAUGGCCUUCAUGAUCAUCAGGUCUUGUAUGCUACUGUUGAUGCUUACUGUUCGUUCUUGAUCGGGAAGGAUUUGAGGGCUUGGGAACUCUGAUCGUCUGCGAUGGAAUUGCUAAAGGUUAUCGAGGUGCAAAAUCUUGUUAGGUAACUGCCUUUAUCUAAUCCGAUUAGGACUUUU